AAAAGACGCAGUCGCGUCCUGAAAAAGAACUUGUCUCUCUCUCAUCUCUCAAACGAGCGGUAGCACUCAGUUUGCUACAGUGGUGGCCCGUGCGGGGAGACGGCAGGAAGAGAGAGAGAGAGAAGGUCAGAGAUGGACCCAAACCGGAGCGAGACGGCGCAGCCUCUCGUAGCGCUGGCGAGGAUGCUGGAGGGGAUGGCCCAGAUGCAGGAGCGGCAGGCGGCCGUACACGCAGAGCAGAUGGAGGCUCUGCGUGCACAAGCCUCCCUCCAGACCCAGGCGCUGCGACAGCUGGCUGCCGCCGGGGAAACCAGCUCCCGGGACCCGCCGUCCCGAUCCCCUCUCCGGAUCCACAUACCAAAAAUGACCGCCGAAGAUGACAUCCAGGCCUUCGUGGAAAGUUUUGAGGUGGCAGCGGAGGCGUGUCAGUGGCCCCACGAGGAGUGGGUUGUACACCUCCUGCCCCUUUUAACUGGGGAAGCCCAGCAGGCGGCGCAUGGACUGCCGCCCGGAGCCCGGGCGGAUUACAAGAUUGUGAAGAGGGCGAUCCUGGACCGACUGGGCUGCAGCACGGAGGAUUACCGGCGCCGGUUCCGGACGGCGAAACUGGUGGCGGAGGACCGUCCCUUCGCAUACGCCCAAAGGCUAACCCACAUGGCCCGGCGUUGGCUGCAACCAGAGACCCGGUCCGCCGGGGGCGUGGUGGAGCAGGUUAUACUGGAACAGUUCCUGGAAGGGUUGCCGGAGGGAACGGCCAAUUGGGUGCGCUGCCAUCGCCCGACCAACCUAGAGGGGGCGGUUACCCUGGCGGAAGACCACCUAGUGCUAUACCCCAGCGCCCAGCAGCAAGCACGGCCGGAACCGGCGCCUAGGAGGAGACCCCCUCCUCGUGCUGGCCCCUUCCCUGUCCCCCGGGCUCUGCCCCCUCCCUUGCCUCAAACUAAUCCCCCCUUUUUUCCGAUUCCCUCUCCAGGUCCAGGCUCAGUGGCGGGGGGCUCCGGCUCGCAGAGGGCGCCUCAGACGCUCGGACCGGGGUGUUGGCGGUGCGGACAGCUGGGUCACCUGCGCCGCGAUUGUCCACUUAUGGAAGUGGGGCAGGUGGUCCGGGUGGUCGGGCCGCCCACUUCCGCUCCCGAUCAGGAGGGAGCGUACUGCAUCCCGGGACAGGUUGUAUCGAGUGUGUCGUGACGCUCAGACCGGUGAAGAAACGACCCAGUUGUUGGUACCCAGAAACCGCCGGGAAAUGGUUUUCCAGGCGGCUCAUUACAACCCCAUGGCGGGGCACUUAGGGUAUGAUAAGUCACUACACCGAAUAAUGGCUCGGUUUUACUGGCCGGGCAUUUGGGCGGACGUACGUCGGUGGUGUGCGUCCUGUCCCGAAUGUCAAUUAGUGAACCCCCCGGCCACCCCAAAAGCGCCGUUGCGCCCACUACCCUUAAUAGAGGUUCCCUUUGACCGAAUUGCUAUGGACCUCAUCGGGCCAUUUGAACGGAGCACCCAGGGAUACCGUUUCGUGUUGGUCUUGGUGGAUUAUGCGACCCGGUAUCCCGAAGCAGUGCCGUUGCGCAAUAUUUCAGCUAAGAGUGUUGCGCAAGCUCUGUUUCAAAUUAUCUCCCGGGUCGGAAUCCCGAAAGAGAUUCUGACUGAUCAGGGCACUUCGUUUAUGUCACGUACACUAAAUG